AUGCAAAACUUCAUUUAUAAUUGGCGCGAAAUAGAUGUCGUUAUACAUUAUGUGAAGGAUUUACUCAAAAUCAAUUUCAAAGAUUUCAAAAUUACAGAAGACGACAUUGGUAUAAUUUCACCAUAUAAAUUGCAAUAUAUAAAAAUCAAAAACGCUUUGGCAGAUCAUGAUUUAUCGAAGAUUACUAUUGGCUCGCCAGAAACCUUUCAAGGGUCGGAGAAGCCAAUUAUAAUCGUGUCAUUCGUCAGAUCAAAAACCCGUGCUUUAGGGUUCUUAACUAAUGAAAAGCGUUUAAAUGUCACAAUAUCGCGACCUAAAUCAAUGUUGAUACUGAUUGGAAAUGCAAAAACACUAAAAAUAAAUUCCAAUUUUAAGUUCAUCAUAGAUUCAUGCAUUGCACAUAAAUCUUUUAUAAAAUCGGCGUUCGCUGAGAAACCAGAUACAUUAGAUGAGUUGCUUAAAAAAUUAAAAAUUUAAA